AUGGGACAAGUACUGUCCGACGAGAGCUCCCGGCACCUAUCGCACGAGGAGCUCACCCAUGAACUCGCCAGUCGCUUCGCCGAUAAGUGCUUCACUUCGCUGGAGAUCUACUCAUUCAAAGACGUCUUCAAGAGCCUGGCAGACAACCAGGGGGGCAUCCGCUACCUAAAGGAAGACACCCUCGCCCGCUUCCUCGAGAUACCCGACAUCCUCCAUGUCUCCCCCGUUGUGUUCCAGAUGGUCUCCUACAUCGGCGCCUUCCCUUUCCUCCAAAACGCACCCGCCGUCCUCGGACUCGAUCAGAUGGUCAUGGUCGUCGUCAUCAUGACCCAGAGGCACAAGCGGGUGUUGGCCAAGGGCGCGACCGACCGCGCCAAGCUUCUCUUCAAGAGUCUCGCAGUCCACGAUCGUACAGCGUCCGAAGCUGCUGUAGCCGCCGAAAAAUCCUCGAAAGAGGAGCAGGCGACCCAGUCUCAGCCCAGGAGCCAUGUCGCAGGCUUCGCGGUCGACGAGCCGGUGGAGGAGCCAGAGGACGACGACGACGAUCUUGAGAUUGCCGCAUUUGAGCUGCUCGAUAUCAACGACGCCGUCUGGCAAGGCGACGCGCCCAAGGUGCAAGGAGCCAUGAUUCCAGCCGAUAACUUUCGCAAGUUGCUCAUGUUGCUCAUAUUGAUAGCGCCGCUCAAUGCCCAGGAGCGGCUGUCCAUGUAUUCCACCCGUGUUACGGGCGACGAGCUCGACAGCCUGCGCGCUACUGCCGAGCAUAUCCUGGCGGCUUUCCUGAAUGUUGAAAAGGCACCGGGCAUCAAAUUCAGUCAGUACAACCGAGUGCUGCCCGUCUGCUUCCCCAACCUCUUCAGUGGGUUUAGCCCUCUGUUCGAGCACUUCCUCUUUUCCAAAAACUUGGAUUUCACAAAACAUAAAGGCGAAGAACCCGUAGCCGAAAAGCAACCAGAGGAAAUCGUCCAGCCCUUGCUACCAGAACCCGGCGAAAUCCUCAACUUGAAUGUCCUUUCCCAGCUGUCCUUCUUCCUGCCAGGGUCGGAUCUGUUUAGGCGACUGAGGCCCCUUUAUUCCGGCAAUAAGGACGGCUUUUCCACGGGGAGCUUCGAGGGCAAAGUGUUCAAUUGGCGAGCACCCACGAUCCUUCUCGUGCGUGGCACCCGCAUCGAUGACGACCCACGGGGCAGCCAGCAAUCAACCUUUGCAGCGUCAAUUCCCCCACGCCGGUUUCCGAGCGGCAGCAAGGGGGAGCGCCUUACGUUUGGCGUCUACGUAAGUACCCCUUGGAAGCAUACCGCCAAGGAAACCUUUGGCGAAGGGGACACGGUGCUUUUCCAGCUGGAGCCGGUCCACGAUGUGUUCCCUGCGUCACGAUACAACUCAGAGUUCAUCUCAUUUACCAAGGCGCCCACCAACCGGCCUAUGCUGGGUGUGGGUUGUCCGCACCCCCGACCGUCGCAGGCUCACCGACGGAACGAGAUGCUGUCCCUGGGCUCCGUGUCGUUGCUGCUGGACGACUCGUUCGAGUACGGCGUCUUCAAUCAUGACUGGACCGCCGGCGGCGGCGCGUUUGCAACAAGCGUAUCGCGCAAGUUCGACUUCCAGGAUCGAUUCGAGAUCGAGAGCCUCGAGGUCUGGGGCUGCGGCGGUGACGAAGAGGCGAAAUCGCAGGCCGAUCGUUGGGCCUGGGAGCAUCGGGAGGCAGAAGCCCGGCGUAAGGUCAACCUAGGGACCGGCGACAACGACGCCGACCGCGCGCUGUUGGAGAUGGCGGGCCUCGUGGGCAGCGGCCGGAGCGGUGGCUCGAUGGCGUGA